UAUUUUUCAUUCAAAGAUAAACAUUUAAUUUGACAAUCUCUCUUUUCUUUUUUUAUCUAAUUAAGUUCUUAAAUUUUUUUAGUUAUUUUCUUACACAAUGACUGUUUCUGGUGAGAAAGAAGAUUUAAUUAAAUCUAAUGGUAAUUCCAAUGGUACUUUAUCUGGUAUUCGUAAUUUAUCUCCAACGGAUUAUGUUGGCUUUGAAUCUUUGCCUGAACAGUAUGUUAACCGAACCAUAAGGGAAGGCUUUGUGUUCAAUGUAUUGGUUUUGGGUGCCACUGGUGUUGGUAAAUCAACUUUAAUUGAUUCACUUUUUAAUACUAAAUUUCCGGAUGUUUCAACUAAAUCUCAUAAUUCUCAGACGGUUGAGCUUCAUGUUCAAACCCAUGAGCUACAGGAGAAACAGAUUAAACUCAAAUUGACUAUUGUUGAGUCUCGUGGUUUCGGUGAUCAAAUUAACAAAGGAGAGUCAUAUAAAAGUAUCGUGUCUUACAUUGACAGCCAAUUUGAAAGAUACUUACAGGAAGAGUUGAAAAUUCACCGAAGUAAUAACCUAUCAAGCCAAGAUACAAGGAUUCACUGUUGUCUCUAUUUAAUCUCACCCAUUGGUCAUGGUCUUCGAGCGAUUGAUUUAAUCACUUUGAAACAAUUGGAUAGUAAAGUCAAUAUCAUUCCCAUCAUUGCCAAAGCUGACAUAAUCACCAAGAAUGAAUUGAGUAAACUUAGAUCAAAAAUUAUGGCUGAAAUAAUCACCAAUGGAAUACAGAUCUACAAUUUUCCCACCGAUGAUCCUGAAAUUGCUGAAAACAACUUACAAACCAACGGAAUAUUACCUUUUGCUGUUGUCGCAAGUCACGAUUUUGUCAGACUUGGUAACAAGCAAGUUCGAGCUCGACAAUAUCCAUGGGGAACAGUACAAGUUGAAAAUGAGAAUCACUGUGACUUUGUUAAACUACGAGAAAUGCUGUUAAGAAUCAACAUGGAGGAUCUUCGAGAAACAACUCAGACCAAACACUAUGAAGUUUAUCGACGAACUCGACUUGAGGAAAUGGGUUUCGGUGAUGUGGUUGAUACAGCUAAAGCAUCAACAUUCCAGGAAACAUAUGAAGCAAGAAGGAAUAUCCAACUCACCGAAAUCAAGAAGAAGGAAGAGGAAAUUCGCCAACGUUUUGUUUGCCGAGUUCGAGAGCGAGAAGGUCAAUUUGAACAAUUGAAGAAUGAACUUCACACUAAAUAUGAUACAUUGAAGAAAUAUCAUCAAGAAGAAAAGAGAAGGGUCGAAGAGGAGCGUCGAAGACUCGAAGAAGAUUUACAAGCCUUCAAUCAGAAGAAAACGAGUGUUCUAUCAGCGACAACCAACAUUAAUCAAAGCACAACAAGCUUGAGUUCAACACUCACCUUGGGAAAGAGCAAGAAAAAGUAAUUCACUCUCAUAUCUUUUUAAUUGUCAAGAAAAUCAACCAACAAUCAACCAACAACAAUUUUCUAAACUCUUGUCAUUUGGAUAGAAAAGCAUGUGAAGCAAAAAAAACCCAAUCAUAUUUAAGAUUUUUUUUUCUCUCUUUUCCCAUUUUGUCUAUUUAAUUGACAGAAAGUAUAACUAUUAGUCUGAUUACUCUAAUUUUAUUAUAUUAUCACAAUUAAUUAAUUGCUUUAUACUUCUGCUUAUAUAAAGUCAUAAUAUCUUCCGAAAUGCCAACAACCUAUUUCCAUGAAAUCAUCUUCCUCUUUUUCUCUCUGUGUUUUAUUUAAUAGAAAUUCUCAUAUAUCGAUUAAAUAAAAAGAAACAAUUUACCAACAAUUAAAA